AUGAGUCGCACCUUUACUGAAGAGGAUCUUAAUCUUGAAGCUGAUUUCUACCGGAUUGUUGACGACUUAUGGCCGGAGUAUCACACGCAGUCGCCUGAGCCGAAGAAUCCGACGCCGGAGAAGGAGAAAGCCGCACUGUUAGCGAUUAAAGACGAAGCCGAAUCUAUGAUUUCAGUGAUGGAGAUGCGAAUGGCUUCUCAAAUCUUUCCCGUUGAGGGUACUAUGGUCCUGGAAUCUUGCCUCUCUGACCUCAAAUCUUCAUUGUUAGGGAGCGAUGUUGAAUUAAUUAGGGCUAAGGUCCGUUCUGGCCACCCCUCUCCCUCGUACCAACUUGAUCCUGGGGAAAAUUUGAUGAGGAUCAAAGAAAAGGCUGAGUGUACAAUUAGCGUCGUGGAGAUGAGCUUGGCUCCGGAGGCUAUGGCUGUCAUGGAGACUUCAUUGGCUGUUCUCAAGUCGUCAAUAACUGGAGAUGACAUAAACAAUAUCAUGAGUCCACCCACAAUGCUUUGUUCACUCUGGAGAGUAACGUUUUGGGUCAAGGGGACAAGGCUAUAA